CCAAUAUAACGGAACGAAGAAGAAGUUCAUGACGCCAUCACGUUAUAUAACUUCCUGUGUACGCAAGGUCUAUGCGCACAAGCAGCGACAUUUCUUUGACUUCAAAACCCUCAAAGGUUUAGACAAGUGAUGGCUGCAACGUUGCGAUUGCUUUACUCCGCGCCAAAACCAGGCAGUUUCGUGACGACCUUGAAUGUAGCGAGGUCGUUCACUGUGUCCGCUCGACGGGACGGAUUCAAGUAUGUGAACGCUCAGGAGAUCCCUACAGACAUGAAGUCCAUCACAGACCGGGCUGCACAGACACUGCUGUGGACAGAACUCUUCAGAGGUCUGAGCAUGACGAUGAGCUACCUGUUCAGAGAGCCAGCGACCAUCAAUUACCCAUUUGAGAAGGGACCCCUCUCCCCACGCUUCAGAGGAGAGCACGCUCUCCGCAGGUACCCCUCAGGAGAGGAGCGCUGCAUUGCCUGUAAGCUGUGUGAAGCGAUCUGCCCUGCCCAGGCCAUCACCAUUGAGGCGGAGACUCGUGCUGACGGCAGCAGGAGGACAACUCGCUACGACAUUGACAUGACAAAAUGUAUCUACUGUGGUUUCUGUCAGGAGGCCUGUCCUGUGGAUGCCAUUGUUGAGGGUCCUAACUUUGAGUUCUCCACUGAAACCCACGAAGAGCUGCUCUACAACAAGGAGAAGCUCCUCAACAACGGAGACAAGUGGGAAGCAGAGAUAGCCGCCAACAUACAGGCUGAUUACCUCUACCGAUAGACACCCCGCAGACAAACCCAGUGUACAGUUAGCACACACCAUCUAACAUGUCAGUUAUGUACACACUGUAAGAGAACAAACUCAGCUGGGAUGGUUAUUGGAACGAAAACACAACACAUUACUUCUGCUGUCGGUUUCACCCCCUUCUGAAAUUCUGUAUAUAAUUGUGUGGGUUAUAUAUUUAUUGUAAAUUGGCAAAUACUACCCUGACUCUCUGUGUGUUGAGUGUGCAGCUGUCAGUGUGUGACCAUCCUGUGAGGACCAUAUUGUUGUGUCUGGAUACUGAAUUAACAACAUGCAGACUGAGUCAGGCUGUCAUACAGCGACCCUAUUUUAUGGACUUCUUGCUGUUUCCACACAGACGUAAAUAAUAAAACUCUGGGAAGAACGCUUA